AUUUCAUCCCUACAAAUCCCAUUAAAAGAAAACAUUUUUUUUAAUAUUUUUUUUUUUAAUUCAACUUUCUUAUAGAGAUCAACUUGCAGUUUCUUUCCCCUGUUUUUGACCUUCCACUCUUUAAAAAUUCAUCUCCCCUGUUUCAGCCGCAAUGCCAGGAAAAAAUAAAACCUGUGCUAUAAACACAGGUUUCCCUGAGUACUGAAACAUAGUACAAACAAAUUAAGGAAGAUGAAGAAAUGUGAGCUGUGUAAGAAGGUAGCAAGAAUGUACUGCGAGUCCGACCAAGCAAGUCUGUGCUGGGAUUGCGAUUCCAGGGUUCACACCGCGAAUUUCCUCGUCGGCAAACACACGAGGACUCUGCUUUGCCAUUCGUGUCAGUCUCCAACACCGUGGACGGGGUCCGGUCCCAAGCUGGGCCCCACGGUUUCUGUCUGCAACGCCUGUGUCAAUGGGCGAGACUCGAACGUAGGCAGAGAUAGUGGGCCCGUUAAUCGGAACACAGAAGAUGAUGAAGACGAAGAUGAAGAUGAAGAUGAAGACCAAGAUGAUGAUGAAGAUGAUGAGGAAAAUGGUGUUAGCGUUGAUGAAGACGAUAGUGAAAAUCAAGUUGUGCCGUUGUCGUCUCAGCCUACAUCAUCUUUUGCUUCCACUUCUUCCGGCAGUGAAGAAGAAUCUUCCAGAAGAAGAGAUGGGUUUACGACAGCACUUGUCGAAAAUUCCAGGUCUCCUUAUAAUGUUGUCGAAAGGCCGAAAGAGAGUAAUCGCUCUCGGAAUAUCGAAUCAUGGAUGUGGAGAUGAGGGACUAUUCAUCAUGUUAGAUUUUAAUUGUUUUUAACUUAUAAACAUUAUUUAGAUAUUUCAUGUUUAAUGUAUGUGUAAUGUCCGUUUAUGUUCGAGUUCGAGUUCCAGUUCAUUCUUGAUAUCACACUGUUUUUUAACUAAUCCUCUUAAUCCAUGAUUUGGUUAAUAAUCACAUGUAUAACUCAACUUUGAUGUGCUUGACUUUGUAAUAUAUGACAUGUUAGUCACUUGGCAUACAAGAU